AUUCUUGGUAACGUAAAACAUGGCUGCCGAUUUGUGUUCUUUUUGUGUUCUGUCCGUGUCAUAAGUUGGAAGGACAGUAAUAGUGCAGAGUUCAACAUGGAUAUGGUUGAUAGCCCAGGUUAUGGGCAAAGGUUCAUGAAACCCAAGAAAUCAUCAAACUUACAGUCUGAGCUACAACAGAGGUUAAAGGAUAGACGCAGACAGGGCUUGACUGCAGAUCUCACUGAUGACAGCGACGUUGCCGAAGACAUAGAGCCGAGUGGUGACGAUGAUGAUGAUGCAUAUGCACAGUAUCGGACAGACUUCCAACAGAGAAAAGGCAACCGUCCGAAUUCUGCCAAGCGGCGUUCACCUCUUCAGGGGGACUUAUCCAUGACUGACACUCUCAGACCCGGUGCAGGCGACCGAUUCAUGAAAAAGGGGGCCUCAUCAGGGAGCAGUUCCAUGCCGCCAUUGAGCUCCCCUAAAACGCCUCCUAGGGACCGAUACAGCAUGGACAUGCCCUCGCUGACAUCUCCCAAACUGUCCCCCAAAGGGAGCUCAAGUAUGAAGACGUAUGGGGAAAGCAAAGGGGGACUGUCCCCAAAGGGUACUAAAUCUAAUUCUAAACUGAAACAAGAACAACCAAUGUCAGCAUCUGAUAUGAUCUUUGGUAGGAAGACUCCAACAAAUGAUUCACAAGGAAAACCUCUCCACGACCCCAACAAGCCCUGGCAGGCUCCAAACCUGAGGAAGGCAAGUCCCAUAAUGACAGAUGAUGACAGGGGAUCCGGCGACAGAGGGGUCUCCCCAACUUCAGGAUUGCGGGGCAGAACAACCCCCUCGCUGGAGUCCUCACUCAGACCAAUAUCGGAAACCCCAUCUCCCAGACCACGCCAGCUGUCAGGGGGAACAACUCUACCCAGAGCAACUAAGGGGAUGGAAGGAGAGGUACCUCGUCCACGGAUGAGAAAUACCACUGACAUAUUUGGUAAGACAAGUACCGUGGAGGUAGAAUUAUCAGAUGAUGAGGAUACCCUGAAACAGAAACGAUUCUCAAAAAAUAGUCCGGGUCGGAAAACACCUACAGAGUUAUACGGAGGUAGGAAGACUCCGACUGGCGGACAGAGGAUGCCUGGGGUUAACGGCAGGCAGACACCUACUGACCCAAUAGGCAGAAAGACACCCACAAGGGACCUUCAGGGCAGGAAAACUCCCACAAAUGAUCCACAGGGUAGAAAAACUCCCACGAGGGAUUUCCAGGGCAGGAAAACCCCUACACAGGAUAUGUAUGGUCGAAAGUCUCCAACAACUCCAACGUCAGGUCAGAGGUCACGGUUUUCCAAACAAGGAGAUAGACAGGAGCCUCCGCCAAUGAAGAAAGAGGCGAGUCUCCUUGAUUUUUUGACCGAGGAUACCUCAAGUCAACGACAGAGGAAGAAAGAGGAUGCUAAACCUAGGCUGCUGAGGAAUGCUUCCAGCGAUUCUAUUGAUGAUGAAUUUGAGCAAGCAAACAAGUUUCUCAGUAAGAAACCCCAACAACGGACUGCUGAACCUCGUCCUUUAAAAUCUAAACAAGACAGUUUCCCGAAAGGGAAGGAUUCGGAUGACCUGUGGUCCUCGAGGAAUGCUGAUGAUAAAAUACCUGUGGACCAGAGCUCCAUGUGUGCUGACAUUGAAACUGAUCCGAACAUGAGAAUCAGUGGCACUGGAGAAAGUAGAAUGGUCAAGGGGUCAAGGUCAGAGAAGAUGACCAAUGGUCAGGUGAACAGUGAGAUCAUAGAUAUGGUAGCAGAGGAACAGGAGAAGCAUGGACCUGGUCACAUCAAACCCAUACAGCCUGACCAGAAGGUGACAAAAAAAGAGGAUAGUAAACGUCAAGUCCAUAAACCGAAGCCCCGUCACUCCCUCCCUGGGACCCCCAGCAGUAACGCGUCUCUCACUGAGGGUACACUUGACAGCACACGCUCAAUACGAGAUGCCAUAUACGCAGAGUGGAAGAAUGAGAGGCUAAAGUCUGCCAAAAAGCAGCUUGCUGAAAAGAAGAAGAAAGAGGAAGAACAAGAGAAAAAGAAACAACAGGAAAAGCAGGAAAAGUUUUUGGAAAAUAAGGCAUCUUAUAAUGCCUGGAUGGAAAAGAAGAUGGACACAACGCUGAGAGACCAAGCACGAGAAAAGAAGAAAGAGGAAGAGAAGAAAAUUAGGGAGGAAAAAGAAAAAGAAAGGAAGAAAAGAGAAGCUGCAAAGAAUUUUGAAAUUUGGAAAGAAAACAAGACAGAAGUAAUAAAAGAAAAAGUGAAAGAGAAAAAAAUGACUGAAUACGAAGAAAAGCGAGAAAAAGAAUUGGAAAAGAGAGAUCGUGAAAAAUUGAGUACGUCAGCUUUUAAAGGAUGGAAAUCUAAGAAAGAUAAUCUUAUAAAAACUGAAGUAAAAACUAAAAAAAUCAUGACAAAGGAGCAAAUAAAAAAGCAAGAAAAGCAUAAACGGGAACAGGAAGAGGACGCCUUACGACGCUAUCAUGAUUGGUUAGACAGAAAGGAUUCCCAAAAGAAAGAGGAUAAAAGACAAAGACGAUACGGUUCUACAGAGGAGCUGGAUGACAGACCAGCGUGGAGUCCCGCCAACAGAACCAUCCCGUUCGGUCGGUGACCAAAGCCUACACAUAUUUUGUAUACAUGAUAGAGUCACAGAGAGACGAUGUUCACCUAUCAUUUUAGCCACAACUGACCUACUGAGACUAUGGAAACAUCCGUCCAUAUGUAGAAACAUAAUGUUCUUAGAAGUUGAAAGUGUUGUCCUCAUAUUGAUUUUUAGACAUCUAGAUAUCGCAAAAAUGUCCGUCCGGAAUCUACCUUCGUCAUGGAAACAGGUGACUGUAAUGAUUUGGAAUGUUAUGACUUCAAUUAUUUCAAUUCUAACACAUUUGUUCAGGAAAUUUAAGAGAUAUGUUCAACAGAUAAAAGUGGAAGUGUUGAAUAUUACAAUUUCAUGGACUUUUCUGUGACAAUACUUGCUCAAAGUGUUACCAUUCUACACCCGUUUUGUUUCAGGUCUAACUAUGUUCUGGUCAAAUAUUUUCUUACAAAUUGAACAGAUAUCACUGGUACUUUUUCAGAAUGAUAUUGAAACCAAAAAUGAUUUUUUGCUUUAACCAUGAGAAAUGCAAGGAAUCUGCAUAAGAAAAUGAAGUAACAUUAAAACCCUGUUUCAUGAGAAAGAAAUUUGUGUGAAUGAUUUCUCUAGACUGCCUGUAAGUCAUCGAAUCAGUUUUCAGUUGAGGAGUCUAUUUAAUUUUAUUUGUAUUCAAAACAAUAAUCAUGUUUAUUAUUUUGCAAGUGCUCAUAAUGUAAAUAAUCAUUUUUUAGUAUGCUAGAUGUAGAUGUGUAAUAAUGAUUUGAUGGUUGACCGGGAUUUAUAGAAAAAUGUAUCUUUUCUAUUGUAACAUGUGAUUUUUGUAGAAACAGUUAUUUAAAAUCUGUCUUGCAUUGAACUGAAUAAGAUCUUAAAUGAUUUGCCAUUGGCGAACUUGUGAAUCUCCAUAAUAAUCCAGUAUUGAACAUAAGACGAACUCCAGUAUGUGUUCAAUAUGUGAAAUGUACAUGAUUGGAAAAAAUGUGUAACCAAAUUGUUGGAAACCGGUUUUUCCAGCAUGAAUGUAGCUUUGAUAAAUCAUUUCUGAAAAGAUAACCAUACCUUGUGGGACUUUAAUGAUAUGAUGAUAAAGAUGAUAUAAACAAAAUAUAAUCAACAACAGUGUUCUGAGUGUCAAACAUUCAGUGGGACUUCACCAAGAUUCGAACCCUGGACUUCAUAUUUACCCGGUCAAUGGAAGUGAUCUGACCCAGCUGUGCUACAGUUAUAUCCAAACGGAAGUUAACGGGAGGUUAAUGUAAAUAGGAAAAAACACUACGAAGGGACAGGGAUCCUUAAAACAAUGUUAACACUGUUUGUGUCAACUCCCUAGAACUCACACUUGUAUAUGGUACAUUCCAUAGUUUAUUUCCUGUAAUUGAAACAAGAAGCAAAAUUUAAUUAAAAAAAACUAUUUUUCUAAUAAAAAAAAGUGUAAGGGAAGUCAUACAGAUCACACAUUCAACAUUCUGUAAACAGAAUUUUAUCUAUUUAUAUGGUAGAAUAACGCAAUCAUGUUACACCAGAUUCAGUAGAAGUCUAAUUAUCAAUAGUCAUGUAGCUUUCAAAUGAUCAGUUUUAGUCAUCUGUGUCUAAAAAGUAAUUGUGGCUCAAAUUAUUAAUUGUAAAGAUCAAUUAAAGUAUACAAGUUGUUUUGUUUUAAUUAUAAAAUCAAGAGUUAGGUUUUUUAAAAUAAACGGGAAAGUCAUGGAAAAUUAUAAAUUGUUAUGUUUUUUAUCUGAAUACCAUGUUUAUCUUGUUUAAAGUAUUGCUUUACAGUAUUUUGUAUUCGAAUGGCAUUUUUAUCUUUAAGCUAUUUUGCUCCUAACCUUUUAUUUCUAUGUAUAUCGUCAAUAGUGCCACUAAAUAUAAAGCUAGACAUUCCAUGCCUCUUUUAAUACUCGCUUCUAACACUAUAGCACACUCCUUUUGCAGUAUUUUAUAUUACCUGUUCGUAAGGAGGAUACAUUUUUAAGGACACAGAUACAAAUUAUAUUCUAAAAUGUCAUUUUUUUUAUUUUGAAGUUUUGCUUUUAACAGCCAUUUGGUAGUCCAGUAGACUUCGAUACAUUUUUAUACAGCAAGAGAAUUAUAUCAUUAAUAGAUAUAUAUAUAUUUCAUUAUUUUCAUACGAAAGUAUAUGUUAAGAUAAUUUGUGUAUGUAAUGUCGUGUAAAAGUGAAGUAGUUAUGUACAGUUUCCGUUGUGAGUUUUAGGAAUAAUUUACACAGAAGAUAUUUAUAUGUCGGCUUUAUUACCUGAAGGCCUAUUUUACUCUGUUUAUCAAUGAUUCCAUCCUAAAUUCACUAGCAUAUAAACUUUUCAUAUUCAUUACAUUAUUAUGUCAUAAAACAUAUCAAAGUGAACAUUUGAUAAAAAGUGUUUGAAAUUAAAAAAUGUUUUUUUUAUAUUUGCUUAGAUGAGUAUUGCGUCAUGUACAGGUUAUGUAUGUGUGUAGCAUUAGGGAUUUCGUGCAACUAAUUGCAUUCUGUGAUAUUUUAUACUGACAACAACAUUAGUUUAAUCUCUGAUAUUUUAGUCAAUAAUAUCUCCACUGGUUAGUAAACACAAAAUUUACAUUGAAGAUGGGUUCUGGCCGACUGACAUCAAUAUUCAAUUGAUUGACAUAAGACAUUUGUUAUUUGUAUUCAUUUGUGAGCUCUCCAUUAAAGCCCCAAAUGAAAUCAAAUUCAAGGAUACUGUGUGCUUUCCUCAAAUAUCGAAAUAUCAAGAUACCGCAUUAUUUAUACUUAGCUUACAUUUACAACAGGAAACUACAUCUAUGAUCUUACACACCAUCAAGUUUGAAUCAUGCUUGAAAUACUGACAGUCGGCAGAAACCCAUCUUUAAAUAUGGAACGAUAUAAACGCCUUUUUAAUAUUUCUAUCAUAGCAAAAACAGAACUAUUAUCAAAGCAAAAAUAGGAACUAUUAUUCCCUCCAUUUUAAGCCGUUCUGUUUGUGUACAAGUUUAGUUGAAGCUACUAGAUACUGAUAGGAAGAACUGUUCUGUCUAAUUAAUGUGUCAUUUUGUUGUUUUAACCCAAUGUUGAAAGUAAAACAUCUAAAUGUCA